AUGAUGCCGUGGGGCCUCACUAUGGAGGAUUUGCAAAACUUUGGCACAAGUCCGAUUGAUACCUUCUUCGAUCCAGCUUCUAUGCAAAAUGCUAGUCCAAUUUGGCCGAAUUUCUUGGCAUUAACUUCCGAAAGCCCAGCACCUUUUGAAAUGCCUGCUUCUAGUGACAGCCCCCAGAAAUCGCUGCACUUUCUGGACAAAUUUACUAGUCACACAGGUCUAGUGUCGAGCUUUGACUGCGGCACCCACGAGCAAAGAGAACAAGUUGCUGCCAGCUUAGACCAGCAAAUCCUGUCUCAGAUACAGCAGAGAAUAACGUCACUGGCAGCCAUGGGCAUGGAUGCCCCACCUCCCCUGAUAUUGGAAAAUAACAGUGAUACAAAUUCAACCAGCGAAUUACCACUCAAUUGGUUCAAUGACCCACUUUCCUUGAAGACACAUGAGAUUCUUCUUCUAAUUGAAGAAGUGGUCACGAUCAAACCGCGCAACAGCUCUGUCACCUUAGACUGGUCAUCAGCACUCAAGGAUGCAUGUGUGCAAUUCUUCUCUCCUUCAAAUAUAAGAAGAUUUCUGGGGCUCUACUGGGCAAUAUGGCAUCCUAACGUGAACUUUGUGCACCGGCCUACCUUUGACAUGCUGGCAGCGAAGCCAACAGCCCUAGCUGCAAUGACUUUGAUGGGUGCCUGUGUAUCACCUGAUAUGCCUGACAACGAAGAUGCACGCACCUGGUUCAACUGUGUGGAAGAAAUGGUUUUCAUUGACGAUGAUUUCAACAGUGAUUUGACUCACCAAUCCUCUGACAAAAUGGCCAUGCAAAGACGAAAGAUUCAGGCUGUACAGGCUGCCUACAUAGUCUGCCUUUAUCAGAACUGGGAGGGCACGGAUGCGAGCAAGAGUCGAAUUCGACGUUACCGUUUUGCUACCCUGGUAUCCACCGCUCGUGAUAUUGGUAUUACGGCGGCGACACAUUUGAACUACAGCGAGCAAGGCCGUCAUGAGUUUGAAUGGAAAGAAUAUGCAGCUAGGGAGGAACUCAUCCGUUUAUUCACUUGGAUCUUUCUACUAGACUCAGCCUUUGUGAUUUUUAACAACCUUCCUCCGCGGAUGGUCAUCAAAGAAAUAAGGAUGCAUAUGGCAACACCGGAAGCUUGCUUCCAAGCGACAACGGCAGACCAAUGCCACCACCAACUCCAACUUUUCCUGCCUGCAAGGAGUCUCUACUGGACGAUCUCGUUCCGUGGGUCAUUCGAGUCGCUAUGUAAAGACGAUUUAUCCCUCAAUAUCCGCCACCUCCUCGCUACCCUGGGUCCAUUGAAUUUAUUUGCAUUAACAUCAGCAAUUCAUUCACAAAUCUUCCAAUUCCGCAGCGCGGUGGGCAGCUUCCAACUCCGAGCUCCCAUACAAAAUGCACUCAGCAAUUGGCGAGAUAUCUGGCACUUGUUUUCCACGACAUUCCCCCAAGGAAUUAUGCCGCACAUGACAAUCGAAGACCCUCACAUUCAACCUGAUGAGCUCUGGAGACGAAUGGGAUUCUGCCGCUAUGCCCCCGAGUACUGGCUUCUAGCCCAUCUGAUGGCAGAUCGAUUGGCAGUACUUGGAACAUCUAAGCCGGAGAAUGAGUUGGAGCCGCUCGACGAGGGCCUGCUGGACCCAAUUCUGAAUCGAUAUGAUCAAACUAGUAUGCGCCAGAUUAAUGAUCUGAUUAUGGGCUUUCAGACAUUCCAGAUUUGA